UGGGUGGCGGAACUUUGUAGGAGUGUGUGUUUCUACACGGAGGAACAUGAGGUGCGGUUGUGAACAUGGCAGCGUCCUGCAGGAGCAUUUUGAGAGUAGUAGCUGGGUGCCAGAGACAGCUUCUUCUCUCCAGCGCUUCAUGUGCUUCAUCUGCUUCAAAUGUCUCCCAGAAUGCAGCUAGGCCUCAUCCCGUCCUCGUCAGGAACUAUGCCGCAGCAGCCAAGGCAGCUAAAAAACCUAAAAAGUUUGAAAAAGACAUAAAGAAGGAGGAAGAGGAGGAGAAGAAGAAGCAGCAGCUGGAGGAGAGAAAGAAGAAGCAGAGGGAGAAGAUCGAUGACACCAGUCGACACAAGCCCUACGGACUGACAGCCUGGGCUCCAAUAGAUGAUGUGUACGUGGUGAGGCAUUAUCCAAAGCCAGUGUACGAUGCAGACGUGGCUGUAGAUAUGCUGAAGAGCUUUCAGAAGCUAGACUUCACCCCUGAAGACCAGCCUGUGUUCAUUGACCUGCAGCUGAACAUGAAACUAGAGAAAAAGAAAAAAAUCGAUCCGUUUGUCAGCACUGUCCAUUUACCUCAUCCCUUUAAAAAGGAAGCCAACAGAGUUGUAUUUUUCACAGAGAACCCAGACCAGGCCAGACUAGCCACAGAGAACGGAGCAGCUGUAGUAGGAGGAGCUGAGCUUGUGGAAAAGAUUUUAGAAGAUGAAAUCACAGCAGACUUUUUCCUGGCCGUUCCGGACAUCAUCCCAAAACUCCUGCCAUUGAAAAACAAACUGAGGAAAAAAUUCCCCAAGAGCAAGAGAGGGUCUGUUGGUGUGAACGUUCCUAAAAUGCUGCAGUUAUUUAAGACCGGUCACGAGUACAUGGUAGAGAGGGACUGCUGCAUCAUCACACAAGUCGCAACGCUGGAUAUGCCAACGGAACACAUCCUAGAAAAUAUGCGGGCCAUCAUUAAAGACGCAUCAUCUCACAAACCAGCAGAAUUUGGACCCCUGAUUGAAAGAAUCAUCACCAGCAGCAAGACCAGUGAAGCCGUACGCAUCAAAACUGAUACACUUUUACCACAGGAGGUGAAGGAGGAGCCUUGAGCAGCAUCCCAAAAACAAAUCAGCGUGUAUUUGCAUUGUAUGAUGCAUUUGAUAUGUAAUAAAAUGUGUAAACAUGUA